UGUAUAGGCAUGAUGACCAACGAUUUAGAUUGGCAUUGUUCAUAAUUAUAAUCCAUAUGCAGUUUUAAGGUAUGCAUAUUAUAAUUAUUCAGCAAUAAACAGUAAGGAUUACAUUAGUCAAUUUCACAAUAUAGGCUAUACAAAAGAAUUAAAUGUUUUUCCCGUCUUAAAACAUACCUUUGGUUCAGUCUUUCAUACCAUGAAUUUUAAACAUGGGUUUAAUAAACGAAACUGUCACUGACCGUCAUUUCUUAGUUUUACAGGCUUUGUGGUAAAUGAGGAUAAUCGAAAAUAUUGUAGGUGAUUUCAGUAGCUAAGAUACACAAAACAAGAACGUUUCGAAAAUGUCUACCAAUAAGAAAAUAAUAAGCAAUUCGACCAGAAAUUAUUAUUUUUUUUAAAAAUAGUAUGUAAUAAUAUAUGAGUCUGGGUCAUCUAUAUCUCCAGCAAAUAGGCUAUAAGAAAACCGCAUCGUUUUAAUAAUGCCACAAAAUGUAAUGUGUCUAUAUCGUUAUUUUAUAACGAACAACCAACAUAUUCGCAACGGGAUGUUCUAAUUGGAUGCAAAAAUCUUUAACUAAUGCCUCUCAUUCGAAAACGUCUGUGUGAAAUAAUCGACAGAGAAAGAAAAAAGAAACAGAGCUCGGAGAGAGAGGGAGUGGGAGAGCCAGAACAGAAGGAAGGAACAAUAGAGAAUCAAAGCAUAAUGAUAUUCCUAAAUGAAGAGGGAAAUGUUGCCGCGCUCAUUUUAUUAAUCAGACUGUCAAUUUCACCCCAGAGGCCAACCCCAGGAGCCAUCUAAAACAGACUCCGAUCAGAAGCUGCUCUCCUCACUUCUCCUCUCUCUCUCCACCUGGAUAUACGCGUCUGGCCGAUCAAGGGCCGACUCUAUCAACCGAUGACAGUCUCUCUCCUAUUUAUUUGCUUAUAAACCUGUUACAAUAAAUGAUCAUUCGAGCCGCGUCACGCGCACCUUUAACGACGAAGGCGCAAACCACUUUUUGAUGAAUGACUUUCUGGACCAGAGAGGAUGCGCGGGUCAUUUUGAGCAGUCAUUCGUUGCCCGCACUGGCAUUCCUCUGUUUUUUGCUUCCAGCUCAUAAAGGUGUUAUAUUAUUUAGAGGCGGCAGCUGAGCUGAAUGCGGAUUAGAUCCGCCACCAGUCAUCGGAGCACCAGCCCUGGGACUUUGGAUUUUUUUUUUCCCUGCGCGACUUCAUGAUGGAGAGGAUAAGAAAAGAAAUGAUUCUGAUGGAAAGGGGACUACACAGUCCAGUGGCAGGAAAGAGGCUCUCCAACCUCUCUGACUCGGCCGGGAACGCGGUGCUUGAGGCCCUGGAAAAUUCCCAGCACGCAGGUCGCCUCAGCCCGAGAAUAACUUCCGCCUCGCUGCAUGGCGGGCUCGGGGAUAUUCCCAGCAAAGGCAAGUUCGAGAUAGACAGCUUAUUUGGAAACCACCACAGCGACAAUACCUCGUCCACAGAAGUGUCGUCCUCCGAAAGCAGGAAGAAAAUAAACCUGUAUCCUGAAGUUUCUCCAGACUCCGAUAUGAACAGCGAUGUGGAAGUGGGCUGCCCGUCUCAUCGCUCACCGGGCAGCAUCAGCCAACAGAAGGAAAACAAUAGCAAAGGUUUUUCGGACAGUAAUUCAGGAGCCUCCAAUACAAGCUCAUCGUCUCUAUCGAAUCUCAACGGUAAUUCCAUGGGAAACUCCAGCAGCUCGAGCUCGGACCAAGUGAGGAGGUAUCGGACUGCGUUUACCCGGGAACAAAUUGGAAGAUUGGAGAAAGAAUUUUACAGGGAAAACUACGUCUCGAGACCCAGGAGAUGUGAAUUGGCCGCAGCGUUAAAUUUACCCGAAACAACAAUAAAGGUGUGGUUUCAGAAUCGACGAAUGAAGGACAAGCGGCAGCGGCUUGCCAUGUCCUGGCCACAUCCCGCCGAUCCCAGCUUCUACACCUAUAUGAUGACGCAUGCGGCCGCCACCGGAAGUCUGCCUUACCCUUUUCAUUCCCACAUGCCACUACACUAUUACCCCCAUGUCGGUGUCACGGCAGCAGCUGCUGCGGCAGCCGCCUCAGGAGCCGCUUCUUCACCUUUUGCUACCUCUAUCCGUCCCCUUGAUACAUUCCGUGCGCUUUCUCAUCCAUAUUCGCGCCCGGAGCUGUUGUGUAGUUUCCGACAUCCAGGACUGUACCAGUCACCCGCAGGUUUAAACAGCUCCGCGGCUGCGUCAGCGGCGGCGGCGGCCGCGGCGGCCGCUGCAGCGGUCAGUGCGCCUUCAGCUGCGGGGCCAUGCUCGUGUCUCAGCUGCCACAGCAGUCAGGCUGCCAGCGCCCUGGGCUCCAGGGGCACCAGCUCUGAUUUCACCUGCACGGCGACCGGGCAGAGGUCUGAGAGCGGAUUUUUGCCAUAUUCGGCAGCGGUUCUCAGCAAAACUGCGGUGCCCUCACCGGACCAGAGAGAAGAAAGCGCGCUCAAUAGAUAGCUUAGUACCGGCAUACACUCUUUUAUUUGAAGCACAUGUAAUUUAUUGUUGUUAUUAUUAUUAUUGAUAUUAUUUUUAAGUUAAGGGACAGCAUUUCCAUUCCAGUAAGGCCUAUAACGCUGAGAAUUAUAAAGAUAUAUUUAAAAUAAGCUGUUAAGGAUACUGAAGGCCUUGUUACAACACAGUGCAAAUUUACACUAACAUUUAAUUUUACUACUUCUCAUUUUUAAUUAUUAUUAACUGUAUGCAGAUAUUAUUUUCUAUUAGAUUGGACCACAUCGCGCAGUAAAGAGAAUACACACUGGUUGUACCACUUUAGCAUCGGUUAAGGGACCAGGCGCAAGAUAAUGAUGCUCUUCUGAAAGUGUUGCUGCUCGAGGGACUCUCUCCCUGAUCUAGGAGUGUGUCGCAUAAAACCUGCACUACUGCUACAAUGUCAAUUCUGCUGUUAAUAAUGUGAAGAUUAUAACGAAAAUUGCCAAUCAUGUACCUUGAUGGACCUCCUUUGAAUGUGGAAAUGUAAGAAAGUUCCCCGUUCUGAGACUCGCUGUCAAAGCAUAACAACCCGCUGUGGGAAGUCAUUAGACAAGAUAGAUAAAAGACCUUGAGCAUUUCGCAUUGUUCUUGGUGUGUAGAUUGUACAGUAUUAAACGUGGUAUUCGUUACCUGAGAAUUUUUUUUUUUUUUUUUUUUUUUUUUUUUAAACAAAAAAAGAAAAAAGAUCCCCUUUCCACCGAGUCCCAUUUCCAAUCUUCUUACUGGAAGGUUGGCCGGCCUGGGUAGGCUUUUCUCUCAGAGACGUUCCGCUGAUGCGAGCAGUCUCAUUAAAUCCGAACCGAUAUUUCCAUAAUACUCCCAGUAGAGACUCUUCACUCACAAUAUAAUGGGAUUAUCCACACAACCCCAAACUUCAGACAAAUUGCUCAUGCAUUUCUGUCUGCAUACAUAUUUUUGUCACUGUGCGGAAUUCUGCCUCACACAAAACCACAUUUUAAAGAUAACAAAAUAGCACUUGUACAGAUCAAACGGUGACAUAUUUCGCCAUAACACACGUAUAUAGUCACGUUUGUAUUAAACCAAAAUGUUGACUGCCAUCCGAAAUUAUUAACGGCAUAGAUAGGCCUACCCUUUUUUACAUUUCUUUUUAAAAAUAUAUUUUAUGUGACUGACUGGAUGUUUAUUUACGCAGUUGUUUUAAUCUGACAUUAGUUCACCAGACUACAGAACAAAUCGAAAGCGAAUUAAUAUUAGGCCUCAAAAAUAAUGUGGCAAGCCAAAAUGAAUCAUUGUAAAUAAAGCAUUGCUGUUACAUUUUCAAAUGAAAGAAGAUAUUAAAAAAAUGUUAGUGAAUUGGUGCGCGAGGCUGUUCAAUAAAUGACAAUACUAAAAUCCCAGUGUUUUGCUCCUCUCCCAAGGGAUCUGCCGUGAUACACGACUCUGUACAUUACGUCUCUGUAUUUAUUGCCGACUGUAUGAAUUUUCAUAUUUUCACUUGAGAAAAAUGUGCAAUAUAAAAAUGUAUAUUAUUAUGUUAUUUAUUGAUGGUGUUGUUCUUGGAAAAUAAAUAUUUAAAACGCAUUUUUUUUUUUAAUAUCGUUAUUAUCAUUGUGCACGGUGCAAAUUAAUUUAGCUGAACGCAAUUCAAAUUUAAAUGAUGUGGCAUAAUUCUGUCCACUGUUUAAUUCACUUCGAUUUCUGAUUUAGUUAUUUUUUUUCUAAUUCUAAACAAUAAUAA